CUUCCUUUCUUUCUUUGUGUUGCUGGUUGCUGUUAGCCUUUGAGUCUGAAUGGCAGUAAGACAAAGACCAACUAAACCAUUAGAUGUAUGUGAAAUAGUUGUAGUUGGUGAAGAAGGAGUGGGAAGGAGAAGUAUCAUAUCUAAAUAUACCAAUGAUGAUAAAGUAUUUAAUGGUUCUAAAUUGAAGAGAAAGACCAUAGAACUUGAUUCUGAAACUAUUGAGAUAAAGAUAUCAUAUGAAGAUAUUCAUGAUAAGAAUUGGCAAGAUCUAUUUGGAUGGGGUAUAUUGCUGGUCUAUGAUGUCACUAAUAAUAAAUCUUUUGGCAGUAUUAAGAAUUUAAUAGAUAGGUUACACAGAUUUGCUACAAGAAGUUUGCUGGUAGGUAAUAAGGUAGACCUGGAAAGCCAGAGAGAAGUUCCAAAAGAAAAAGGAGAGCAAUUAGCUCAGGAAAGGAAUAUAUCUUUUCUAGAGACGUCAGCUAUCACUGGUAGUAAUAUUAAUAAAGCUUUUGAAAUCAUUGUCAGGGUAAGUGAUCUAUACUUGUUUUACACUGUGUGGUCAAGCAUAAUGAAAUUCUUUUUACAACAAUGGUGUAUGUUAAUGCACUUCUUCAGAAUAUCAAGAACAUCAUUUUUACCUGCAUUGGAGCCAGCACCAGCUGUCAGUGAAAAAUCAAAUGAAGCAUCUGAAGUAUUUCGAGAGAAAGUUUUUACGUUAAGCUCCAUCAUUGGUUCUGGCACUAGCUCUAUUUUCAAUAGAAUCAGUGAUGAGUUUUUCAGUGCAGGACUCAUCAGUCAAUCAAUACUAGAUGACAUCAAUACAGUACCUAAUUACUGCAGUUAUCAAAGGAGCAGUAAUUUAAUGCAUGAGGUGUACAAGAGUUUGCUAAACAAAGAAACAUCUAAUGACGACCUCAUUGCAGUGUGUGACAUACUUACCAAGCAAGAAGAUAAACAAUUAGUUCAGAUUGGUGAAGAUAUGAAGAAAAAUGCACCUCAUGCUGUUUGAAGCUAAUUCUUAUAACAUUAAUAAGUUAACAAUUAAGACAUGUUUGUUAAAUUACAGUUGCUAAAGACACAUAGAAAAUUAUGUUACUAAUAUUACAUGUACAAGAGCAUUGAAAUAUCCAAAUAGAUUCUGCAAAUAUUGCCAGCAAAA